AUGAUCAUGACUUCAAAGCGGAAUCUUGACGAUGCGGCUGGCUCAGACCAAGAGGAUCCAUCAGCAUUCCCUUCGACUAAGCGACAGCGCAACCAGCGCAGCCAGCCAACCUCAAACAACAAGUCAAGGUCGCAGCAGCCGGCAACCGACCUCACAUACGGCCAGAGAUGCGUUUUCCCAGGAAUAGGUGACUCGCUCAUCCACAGUGACGAUGACAUCGACUAUGAGGAUGAGCAGGACGCCUUGGCGUACCUCCAGUCUGUUCGAAUGUCUCCAUUAAUGGACAGGAGUAUCUACGACAGUGGCAGAGGCGACUCGAGGGGCUACUACUACGAUGGUGCCUACACGGCCGCGCCCGAUUCAGAAGAAGCCUCAGACGACGAUGACUAUGAAACAGGCGAACCGCCCGAGAACGGAGCCUCCGCUUACUCAGACUCACCCGCGCACAUUCAGAAGGCCUACUCCGCCUCCCUCGUCGCGCAGUUCACAUCCCUCCGCUCCGCGCUACACCAGGAUCCGCCUCCCGAGGCGCUGGCCGCCCUACCGCGCGACCACGGCUUCGAGGUCGGCCGCUUCGGGUCCGGGUCCAAGACGUUCAAGAUCUGGGAGAUCCGCCUGCGACACACAGACCCGCUGCCGGCGCAGGUCGCCGCCAUGGAUAAGCCGAGCGUGCUAAAGCUGCUGCGCAUCAUUCUCGGCGGCAAGUUCCUGCGCCGGGGAUGCGAAUUGCGUGAACGCACGAGUCGCUGGCUCUGGGCACUGCUGGCGCGCCUACCGGACCGCGGCGAGAUGGAUUUCAUGGAGGUGGGCUAUGUGCGCGAGUUGGGCAAGCGGGCUGUUCUUCUACUAGCGACACUUGAGGAGAUGGCUGCGCUGAGAAGGGAGGUCGAGCUAGAAGAGGGCCAGCAAGAAGAGGAGGACGAUGACUUGGAAGAGGGAGUAUACAUCGAUGAGGACGGCACUCCGCAAGACGAGAUUGAAGACACUGGCGAUUUUGCGCCUCGUUUGCCCCCUUCUAAUGGGCAGGAUCCUAUAAUCGAAGUCGCCGACAAGGGCAUUGCAGAGGACGAAGAGAUGGAGGAUGGAGAGGUGCCCGACGAAGGUGAAGUAAGCGCUACAGAUUUGGAAGCUGAUAUCGCGGCUGCAAAGGCACGCCUCCUCGGAGAUAUCGAGCAGAUCGAUAGCCCAGAAGUUGAAACCGGGCCAUCCAGAAAAGGUGAGGAUGACGAGGAGGCGUUCGAUGAGACGAGGGCUCGCAUCAACAUGCGGGCGACGUUGAACAUGAUACUGACAGUCGCCGGUGAGUUCUAUGGUCAGCGAGACCUGCUCGAAUUCCGGGCCCCUUUCAAUGGGCUGUAG